AUGGCUGACCACGCUCUGGGGAUCGCUGAGACCAUCCAAACUGCCUCGAUCAAGCGGCAUCCCUCCCCAACCCACGACAUCAACCCAUCCACUGCCGCUUCGGAAAAACAACCCGUGGUCGCCGCUCCUGCCUCCGACGCCGGCAGCAUUUCUUCAGACAUCGUCGAUGAGAGCCGAGUAAUCCGUCCUCUCCGUCGUCAACAGACUCUUCCACCUCUGCCGGACCUACGCUUCGAGCAGAGCUACCUAGCCAGCUUGAAGGGUGCCGAGACUUGGGGACGAGUCGGGUGGAUUACCGUGAGAGAUCAAGUCCUCCUACCCCUCAUCCAAGGCACGAUAUGGACCCUCGCGCUGUCGGGGUGGCGGUUCUGGAACCGCAAUGCCUCCGUCAGCGGGCACACGCUCGGAAGUAGGAUCCGCAGAUGGUGGUACGAAGUCAACAACUGGCCUCUGCCUCAACGGGGCACCCUUCGCGAUCCGCAGGUAGCCUCGCAGGUGGAAGAAUUCUACACGACACAAUUUUCGAAUGCGGGCUCGGAUUAA